AUGGCACGAAGACACGCUUCCUUGUAUUUCUUUGAUGGCAACAUCGCGCUUAUGGCCUCGAAUGAUUUUGGCGAAAAAACUGUCUUUCGAGUACACCAAUCAAUCCUUUCACAUUAUUCCACCGUCUUUGCGGAUAUGUUGGCGCUGCCGCCUGUUCCGGAGGCCGAGACAUAUGACGACGUUCCACUAGUGUGCUUGCCCGACAACGCUGAAGAGAUCGAAUCCUUAUUGAAAGCCAUAUACCUUCCGCGCUUUCCCCCAUUAUACCCACGCCUAUCCCGAUGCGCACCUCGCACAAUUUACCAUCUCUUGAAUCUCUCAAAUAAAUAUGAGAUAAACGAACUUCGUCGUGAGGUUGUUCAACAAUUGGAAGCAGAUUGGCCAACUUCGCUAGCUCGGUGGGAUCAACUAGAAGGUGAAAUUGCCGGAUUGGCCGACCCAGACAGCGAUUCUAUGCGUUGCUUACUCCCCGAGGAUCCGCUUCCAGACCCCGCGUCCGCCAUUCAAUUGGCCCGCGAGUGUCAGGUCCCAACUAUAUUACCUGCCGCCUUUUAUCAUCUUUCACGGCUCUCUAUCCGUUGCCAGCCUGACAAAGCCUCCUCUAUAUGCAAGCCACGGCGCCGCACCGCAAAUUGGGGUCUCCUCACAGCAGGAGAUCUGCGGUGCCUCCUUUUAGGCAGGGAGGGUCUUCUGCAAGUCACUGAUUCCAUGCUCACGACUGAGGCCAGCGAUGUCGACGGUCAGAUACACUGGAUGGUGGAUAGGUGUAGGGGAUCCCAGCGAGUAGAAGUUAUGAACAACAUACGUGAAGAAUGCCAGAGUACUCCAGAUAUCCUCGCGACUCUUCGCGGGCAUGCUACAACGGAGGAGCUCCUAACUUGUCAAAUUUGUCGCCGCAUGAUUAGAGACAGGCUAAAGCAAGUUCGUUACGCACUAUGGACUAAGUUACCUUCGUUAUUUCAGCUGGAGAAUUGA